UGCACUUUCGCUUUAUCAAAUUCUCCAUUGCUUGCCCUAGUUCUCUCUUUCGUAAAUCCAAUAGCAAAUCGACUGAUUACCGGGAAAAUCAAGAGAGAAAGAAUCCCAGCUGAUAUAUGGAGAGGAUCGUCGGAGAGAAGUACAAACUAGGUCGCAAAAUCGGAAGUGGAUCAUUCGGUGAAAUCUUUCUCGCUACUCAUAUUGACACGGGUGAAACUGUUGCGGUAAAGAUUGAAAACAGGCAGACAAAGCAUCCUCAAUUGUUAUAUGAAGCCAAGUUGUAUAAUAUUCUUCGAGGAGGAAGUGGCAUUGCUCAUAUAAAAUGGUGUGGAGUAAAUGGAGAAGAUAAUGUGCUUGUUCUUGACUUGCUGGGACCGAGCCUGGAAGACUUGUUUGUCUACUGUGGGAGAAAAUUUUCAUUGAAAACAGUCUUAAUGUUGGCUGAUCAAAUGAUUGCCAGAAUAGAAUUUAUGCAUGCUAAGGGAUUUCUACAUAGAGACAUUAAACCAGAUAAUUUCCUUAUGGGGCUUGGCAGGAAAGCAAAUCAGGUCUACAUCAUUGACUUUGGUCUUGCCAAGAGAUAUCGUGAUCCCAACACAAAUCGACAUAUUCCUUACAGGGAGAAUAAAAAUUUAACAGGAACUGCACGUUAUGCUAGUUGUAAUACUCAUCUUGGAAUUGAGCAAAGCCGUCGGGAUGAUUUGGAAUCACUUGGCUAUGUUCUUUUGUAUUUCUUGAGAGGAAGCCUUCCUUGGCAAGGUCUAAAGGCUGCCACAAAGAAGCAGAAGUACGAUAAAAUAUGCGAGAAGAAGGUAUCAACCCCAAUAGAGGUUUUGUGCAAGUCGCACCCUGUGGAGUUUGCAUCGUACUUUCAUUAUUGCCACUCUUUAAAAUUUGAUCAGAGGCCUGAUUAUGGAUUCUUGAAGCGUCUGUUUCGGGAUUUGUUUAGCCGAGAAGGUUAUGAGUUUGAUUUCAUAUUUGAUUGGACAAUUCUAAAGUACCAGCAGACUCAAAGGACAAAGACAAAUCCUCAAUCAUCUGAUUUGCAGCCUUUUUCUGGAACAAGAAACAACCAAGCAAUGACUAUGGAUAAGCUUAAAGGAAUCAAGGAUGCUUCUUAUUCAGGUGAAGUUAUCGAACACAGAGGACCAAGUAACCCCGGUCGUCCAGAUGUUCGUAUGCAGUUUAGACCAUCGGUUAGUCAAAAUAUGAAUGACAAGCAUAUGGAAAGCAGCACAGCAAUGCCAUCCGCUUCAUUUGCUCUUCCUGGUGCCUUGAAAAAGAUUCUAUCCAAAGCAGAGGGGCCAACUGAAGCUGCAAAUAAUGGCCCUGGAGUUGGGAACAAGACUGGUGCUUCAAGCAGCUGGAUGCCAUCAUUUCAUAGAAUAUCUUCAACCAAAUGAUUGGGAGCCCAGAGCUCGUGUUUCGAGUAUCAUGAAGUUUGGAUACCUCAAGAUCUUGCUGAGAGAUGGCUGAUCCUAUCUAUGAUUUUGAUGAGGUGACCAUGAGAUAGCAAAUAUUUGGGAUUGUGCUGGAGUGUGGUGCAUCAGAGCCUGAUUUUUUUUUCUGCAUGCAUGGGGACAAUGGUUAAGCCAGUUUCGUGUUUAAUUGUUCAAUGGAUGAUGUGUAAAGUGUUUUCUCCAUUCUUCUGUUAGUAGAUGAUAAAGUUUCAUUUGUGUGAUACAGUUGUUUUGACCUUGUAUCUCAUUUAAUUCAGGAUGCAUUUGCUUUCUUUUCUCAUU